GAUGAGGCUAACAAAAACUUAAAUAAUUUAUGUGCCAAUGAAAAUGAAGUUUUCAAAACAUAUACAAAAACAUCAUAAGAUGAUUAAAGAAUGGGCAAUAUGUCAUAGGAAGGAUUUACUUAUUCAUGGUCAAGACACAAAUAAAUAAUAAUAUAGUUAUAGUAGAGUCUUCAAUAAGAAAUAAGAAUAUUCAAAGAUAUUGUUUUAACUUUUAGAUCGCUGUAAAGCAUUUAAUUCUAGUAAGCAGUAACCAAUAACCAUGCAAUGGGAUAACAUAUUAACAUGUCAAUUUGACAGUUGUGGCACGCGCAUGCGUAUUGGGUGAUGUGCAUACCCGUUUGGCCUCAUUCAGUUACGGUUCGUAAAUACGCGAGCGACGUAAUCAAACAAUGACAAUGACGAUACUCGACAAUAACAAACGGCUAAGUGAACACAGUAGCACAGAAUAAAUGAAAUUCAUUUAAAAAAUUUAAAACAAAUUUUAUUUAUUCUGUGACGGUUGUGACUAGUGAUAGUGUGUGACCAAGUCGUCAAUUCGUAUUUCGUCAUAGUCUUGUUGAUAACGAUGAUAGCCUUGUCACUUGUUUAAUUCACUCACACAGUCGUGAAUUAUAGUCGCACUACAUAUUAUCAGCCUGCGCCCUGCUUACAACAAACUGAUUAGUGAUUACUGCUUAGUGCUUAGUCCGUGAUUCGUUAGAGUUAGACCCAUUACGAUUAAAAAAUUAAGAUUUAUAAUAUUUUUUUGGUAUUUACUAUUCAGGUUAUUUAUUCUCGAAUCGUGAUACUGAUCGACUUCUACUAAAAGUUUAAAAAAAACCUCUUGGUAGAAUAAUCAAAUCCAUGAUGUUAGACGAGCUGGCCAUCGAUUAUUCUGAGUACUUAAAAGUUGACAAUGAAAAUGAGGUUGGUGCGUUAAAAGAUGUAGUCGAAGAUAUGCUCACCAGAUUAGAAGAGUUUCAGACAUUUAUGGAAAUGGUACGUGCACUACGAAUGGAAAGUACUGUAAUGCAUUAUGAUUCAAUUAAAGAAAUGAAAUCUAAGGUUACUGAACUCACAGACACUGUAAAUAAAUUAGAGAAGCUGGUUAAUAAAGUUGGUGAAGACGUAGAACUGGUUGACCAACAACUAACUGAAGCUGAGGCUUGUAUGCCUAUUAAUAAAGAUGGUCCAUUAAAUACAAUUCUAAAACCUUUUUUUAAAAAACAAGAAGACCAUUCUUCUAGACAACUACCUGCUUAUGAACCACCAGUGAUUUUUAAGUCUGAUGAUUACUUUUUUGCAACAGAAGCAGAAGAUGCGCUUAAAAUAAUUGAUAAUGAUACAACCACUAACAAUUAAUAUAAAAAAAUUUUUUUUUCAUUUCAAAAAUUAUAUAUGGGAUUAGGCUAUCCAGUAAUAUAAACAAUUUGUAUUUGUAUUUUAAGUUGUUGAUUGUUUUUUUAAAUAAAUACUUUUUAUUUUUAAAAGAAUUGUAUUCACUUGUAAAAAUUACUUGUUAAUAGAUUAUUCAUAUGAAUAUUGAUUUGAUAACUAUUAUUUAUUGUUCAUGGGUACUAAAAAGUUACAAGUAUUUAAUGAAUGUAUUUAAAAGAACUGCGUAUCAACAAAUACUAAUUCCAAUUUAAAUAAUUUGAAAAAUGUGGAG